UGGGGAUUUUGUGUUGUCAGUGCUUGUCAUUGUCAUCGUGAUGUUGACAAUUCAAAAAACUAACCUCACACUGCAAUAUUCAAACUUGUUUGUUCUUGUUAUUCUGUUCGUGAUGUAAUUAUAAUGAACAUUUCGCAAAUAAACACACAAGGAAUCAACGAUGCUGGAAGCCUGUGCCAGGACCCCGCCACCAGAGGCUUCGACUUACAAGCUGGCCAGACAUGGAUUUACCCCACAAAUCUCCCAGUCCGGGAGUACCAAUACACUAUAACCGAAAAAGCCCUCCACUGGAAUACCCUCGUAAGUCUUCCGACAGGUCUCGGCAAAACCUUCAUCGCAGCCGUGGUCAUGUACAACUUCUACCGAUGGUACCCCCAUGACAAGGUCAUUUUCAUGGCCCCCACACGCCCCCUAGUCAAGCAACAAAUGGACGCGUGCUACAACAUCAUGGCCAUCCCUCAGGAGGUCACAGCCGAACUCACUCGCACCAAAAUCCAGCAAUCACGUACCGAAAUCUGGCAAAAUAAGCGAGUUUUUUUUAUCACACCGCAGGUUUUGCAAAACGAUCUUAACAUAAUUGUCGAGUUGGGGCCGAAAAUUAAGUGUUUGGUGUUUGAUGAGGCGCAUAGAGCAAAGGGUAAUCACGCCUAUUGUGAAGUUGUGCGUAAGUUAUUACCGAAAAAUAAGUUAUUUCGGGUGUUGGCGUUGAGCGCUACACCCGGGAAUAGUUCGAAGGAUGUGCUGGAUGUUAUGAGGAAUUUGUUGAUUGCGCAUUUGGAAUUCAGGAGUGAGGAAAGUCCCGAUGUGAAGCCGUAUGUGUUUGAGAGGGCGCUUGAGACUGUUGUGGUGCCGUUGGGUGAGAAGUUGCAACAAAUCAGGGAUAAGUACAUUCAGGUUUUAGAAAAAUACACCAGAACCCUAAUCCAGUAUAAAGUGAUUUAUGGAAAUUGUGCUAAUCUGACCAAAGGUAAAAUAUUCAUGGUGAUGAAGGAAUUCCAGGCGAAAAAUUCAGCCAAUAGAACUGCAAACUAUGCAGAAAUUAUGAAAUGUCUAAACAUUUGUGUCACACUUUAUCACGCUUAUGAAACCCUUGUUCGUUGUGGAUUGAGGGCGUUUCUGAAUUUUUACAAAGAACAUAUUAAUAAUCCUUUACUGCAGGGAAAUGUGAGUAUAAUUCAGAUAAUGGACGAUCUUCAAGCAUACUUAGGUCCAGACCCUGAAGUCCAACCACUGCCCGAUGGUACUUUUGCUGAGAUUCCAGCUUCAAUAAAAUUUGGGCACCCGAAGUUUUACCAACUUCGAGACAUCCUUGUUGCACAUUUCACAAAUUCGGACGCUUCCACUCGUGUUAUUGUGUUUUUUGAGUAUCGGGAGAGCGCCACCGAAGCUUACGCUGUACUCACUAGGAGUUUUCCUCUGAUAAGGUCCCGCGUUUUUGUUGGUCAACGUGCCGGAGUGACACAAAAAGAGCAAAUAAAUACGGUCAAAAGUUUCAGAGAAGGCACUUGCAAUACCCUCCUGUCGACUUGUAUUGGCGAAGAAGGCCUUGAUGUGGGCGAAGUCGACUUGAUUGUUUGCUUCGAUAUAGCGAAUAAAUCUCCAAUUCGAAUGAUACAAAGAAUGGGGCGGACCGGGCGUAAAAAAGAAGGGCGGGUUGUGGUUCUGGUUACGGAAGGGAGGGAACAACAAACGUUGAAAGAUUGUUUGAUUUAUAAAAAUAACUUAGGGAGUUUUGCAACGAAUUCGCAAUUGUUGCAAGAGGGGAAAUACACAGAUAAUCCCAAGAUGAUACCUUCGUACGUGCAACCAAAGUGCCAAAAAAUGUGCAUCACUGUUAAAAAACCCGUCGUAACAAAAACCGCCAAUUUGAAAGAUAUGUUACGAAACAUUUCCGAUGAUUUAGAAAUUGUUGAAAUUAAGGAACGAAUCUCUGAUAAGAUUGAUAAUUUCUGGAACAAAACUAGAGAAGAAUUCUUCCAAAUCGAGGCAAAACCCAAAAUUGAUUUUGCCAAACAUUUGGAGAAACAAAGGGUGUUCCAAGCUAACGCAAAGUCCAAACAAACGGAAAUUUUCGUUACGUUACUACAGUUUGCCGAUUCUAAGCGUUUCAACUUACCAGUGACACAAAAAUCAAUAUUUAGCGAUUUCAAUCACCAUAAAUAUUUGAAACAAGGUGAUAUCAGGAGUAUGUUUGCCAAGCCCAGUGUCAAUGCUUUGAGCCAAGAACCUGUAAGCCAGAAAUUUUCUUUUGGGGGCGAAAAAGACGUGACUCAGUCGUUUCCGCCUGAAUUAUUCGAAGAAUUGUCAACGUUUUUAUCAAUACAAGACUUGUACCGUUGCAAAACGUGCGAAUUUUUAUUCGAGUGUCCUACAAUCAAAUAUAACAAAACUCGUGAUACUUUGGAUUUGAGUUCUUUCACAGUUCCUGAUUUAUCAGUAGUUGAAAGUAUCACCAUCAAAGAUUUGGAGGUUUUUGCUGAUUCUUUGAGUCCAAAAUCGAGAGAAAAACACCAAGAGUUGAUGGACGUUGAUGAUAGUUUCGACGAUAUUGAUUUAAGUGAACUGGAAGAAAUGUGUCAGGAAAAAACUGUACCGUUUGAAACCCCACGAAACUUUGAUUCUUUUAUGGAUUCGUUUCGCAUACGCGACGAUCAACAAAUUGAGAAAGUUCCCGAAAAAUCGUACAUUUUUGAACCACCUGAAUCGUUUAAUAAAGUUUUGAAUUUAUUGGAACCGAAAGAAGACUAUAACGACGUUUUGGCAUUUUUUAAACUCUCAUCAGUUGCCGAAAUUUUCGAAGAAACUGGACACACUCUUGAAAAGUGUGAAGAAACACCGGCAGAUUUGGAUGAAACUGUUAUUUACACUCCCGAAAAGUGUGCAAACACCUCUCCUGAUAUUUUCGAAGGGUCACCAGACUUAUUCCCUUCUGACGAAAAACAAGACGUUUCAUUCGAAGCACCCUUAUCGCCGAUUUUAUGCAGCUACACAAGGGGGCAAGAGUCAAGUGCGAAAAAGAAAUUGUUUGAGGAAAAAAAACCGAAUUUAGCAAACUUGAACCAACGCCGAAAAAGUUUUUUUGAAACCACAAAUGCUCAAGUUUCGUCGCCCAAAAAGAAUUUUGAUAUUAUUAGCGAUAUUUGUGAUUUAUCGCAGCUUUUGAAUAAUCGAGAAGAAAACAAGGAAAAAGUUGAGUCUACGAAAGUAGAUUUGGAUAUUAGUGAUCUUUGCGAUUUGUCUGCGUUUGGAUUGUCGCGAAAAAAUGUUGAAAGCACUUUGCCAAAGGAAGAGGAAAAGCCAAAACUGGAUUUAUCUAUCGAUGAUUUGUGCGACAUGUCGCAGUUUUCAGUCAAAAAAGUGGAAACUCAAACUACGAGCCAUAAAAAUAUUGAAGAACAACUCUCGAGUCUUGAUGAUUUUUGCGAUUUUUCUUGUUUCCUUCCUGAUUCGAAUAAAGAAACUCACAGGAAAUCAAUUUCGGAUAAGGGGAUAAUUAGACCACAAACUCAGAACUUGAAUGUUAGUACGAUUGAUUUGACUGAGAGUCCCGUUAAAGAACCUUCUAAAACAGAUAAUAAUAAAUCUCAACUUUCGGUAACUCAGAUGUUAAGUUUAAUCGCGAAAAGCGAUAUUCAGAAAGAAAAUACGACUCCAAAAACGAAAAAAUCCCAACGUUUAACACAACCAAGACAAAAAUGUGAGACUCCUAAAUCUACACAAAAGAAAAGUUCUCGAGUAAAGAAAAGCCCCAAGUUUAAUAUUUCGUUUGAUGGGGACAGUGAGGACGAGUUCGAGGAAAAGAGUCCAAUUUUUGCAAAACCUAGAACUAUUUCACUGAAGAACAAAAUUGAGAAACCGUCAAAAACGAAAGAGAGACGCAAAUUAGUGUGCGAGUUUCUGGAUGAAGAAGCGGUCGUAUCUGGUGAUGAACAAACCAUUUCGGAUGAUGAAGAUAGUGGGGAAGAUUGUUUUGAAGCAAGUUUUGUAGCUGAUGAAACGGAGGAUUUGCUUAAUGAUACAAUAAUGCAUGCGAGAUAUUUACAAUCUGUGAAAAGUCCAGUGCGAGGGAAGUUCAAAAUUCCGGACAAACCUACGUUUAAUGUCUCAAAUGUGUUCUCUCAACAAGUUAGCAAUGAAGAUGACACGUAUAUGAACGAUUCGUUCUGCGUGAGCAGCCAAGAGGUUGAAAUUUGCAGCAACGACUUGUCCGAGCUGGAACUACUGGAAAUGCAGCUGAAGGAGGAAAAACAAAACAAAAAACGAAAAAAAUCGGACAGUAAAAGCGCCGCGAAAAAGCGAAGAAUAGUUGUGUUGGACGACAGUGAUUAAAUAAUUUUUUAUUAAUAA